GGGAGUUAACAAGAUGUGACCGGCCGAUGGAUAAAACAAUAGGCGAAGCCCUCCACGCUGCCUAGAGCCAGGUGUGCCCAUGCCCAGGUGGCCAUGUGGCUGGCGGUGACUCUGCUGUGCUGCUGGGCGCUGGCGGGGCUGCCCCGGGCCGGCGCCUCCUGCCCCUCGCAGUGCAGCUGCGCCUUCCACAGCCUCAGCGAGGGGACCAAGGCCAGGACAGUGCUGUGUAAUGACCCAGAGAUGACCCUCCCUCCUGUGAACAUCCCUGUUGAUACAAGCAAGCUUCGGAUAGAAAAGACAGCCAUACGCAGGGUGCCAGGAGAGGCUUUCCACCUGCUUCACAACCUGGAGUACCUCUGGAUGCCCUAUAACUCCCUGGCCAGCCUCAGCAGCAUCACCUUCAAGGGCCUUCGUCGUCUGCAGGAGCUGAGGCUGGAUGGGAACAACCUAAUAUCAUUCCCCUGGGAGAGCCUGGCUGGCAUGCCCCAGCUGAGGCUCCUGGAUUUGCACAACAAUGAACUCACUUCAAUCCCUCCAGAUGCUGCUCGUUAUGUCAAGAAUCUCACAUACCUGGAUCUGUCUAGCAAUAAGCUGAUGACUCUUCCUCAGGCUCUCAUUGCCACCUGGGCCAACCUCCAGGCUGUUCCUUACUUCCCCAAUGAUAACUCCAAGAUCAUUCUAGGUUUGCAAGACAAUCCUUGGGUGUGUGACUGCAGUCUGUACGAAAUGGUGCAUUUCCUAAAUUUCCAGUCUCCUAACAUAGCCUUCAUUGAGCCCAGGCUGAAAUGCUUCACUCCCAGGAGCCUUGCAGGAGUCUUCUUCAGCCAGGUGGAGCUGAGGAAGUGCCAGAGCCCCGUGGUGCACACGUCUGUAGCCAAGGUGAAGACCAUCCUGGGCAGCACGGUGCUGCUGCGCUGCGGCACCACGGGCGUGCCCAUCCCUGAGCUCAGCUGGAGGAGAGCUGAUGGGGCUCAGCUGAAUGGCACAGUUCACCAAGAGAUUUCCAGUGAUGGGAUGAGCUGGUCUAUCCUGGGCCUGCCUGUAGUCUCUUACCUUGACUCUGGGGAGUACAUCUGUAAAGCAAAGAAUUUCCUGGGGGCAACAGAGGCGUUCAUCUCGCUCAUCAUCACAGACUCAGAAAGCACGGAUGACCCUAACUCUAGUGCCAAAGGCACAUGGAAUGGCAAGGCCAGUGGGAUGGAGGCAGCUGCCUACAAUGACAAACUGGUGGCCAGGUACGUUAUCACCACCUCCACCGUCCCCACGCUGGGGGCUGGGGUGGGCACCGGAGACAGCGUCCUCCUCCCGGACGUGGCACAAGACAGCAACCCCCAGAACCUGCUGGUGAGCCCCACCACGGGCCAGCAGGAGCCAGAGAGGAUGGUGAGGUCUGUCAGGGUCAUAGGGGACACCGACCAGAGCAUCACCCUGGCCUGGAAGGCGCCUAUGGCAAAGAACACCACAGUGUUCAGUGUCCUUUAUGCUGUCUUUGGGGAGAGGGACAUGCGGCGGAUCAAUGUGGAGCCAGGGAAGACCAAGGUCACUCUUUAUGGCCUGCUGCCAAAGACCAAAUACAUCGUGUGCGUCUGUGUGAAAGGGCUGAUCCCCAGGAAGGAGCAGUGCAUCAUAUUUUCCACAGAUGAAGUUGUCAGUGCAGGAGGGACGCAGAAGCUCAUCAACGUGGUUGUCAUCAGCGUGGCCUGUGUCAUUGCUGUUCCUCUGACCCUGGUGGUCUGCUGUGGAGCGCUGAAACGGCGCUGCAAAAAAUGCUUUGUGCGCAAGCCCAAGGAUGUGCAGGAAUCGUAUGUCACCUUCGAAAGCCUGUCCCCUGGGGCCAAGGCCAAAGGUGUGGAAGGAGAAUACCUGACCAGGCACACCCCUGACGAGUCCAACAGGCUGCUGUCCGCCCGCUCCAGCGUGGACUCGGAAGCCAUACCAAAGAUAGAGGGACAGCCUAAUGAAUACUUCUGCUGACAGUACCUAGGCUGACUGUCAGCUCGCCCAGGGGGAAGUGGGUGGCUGUAUCUGUGACUGUGCUCCAGCACUGUCUGCCACCCUGUUCAUGCUUCUGUCUCUGACGUGUUCUGGAAGAGGAUACAAGAGGGUAGAUGGUGCCCAAGCUUAACAGACACGUUACCCACACCACUUGGUGGGUUGGCUGCUUCGUAACCAGUCAAAAGCUUCUCUGAUAAUGGCCUCGUUCUCCUGGACCACUUCGUUUUAGGGUUUUUGGUUUUUUUUCCUGUCAAAUGAAGUGUGCACACUAAGUGUAAGGACAUUAAGGAACAUUUCUGAGUGUGCUCUGCUUGGUAUUGUUUAGAACCUGCUCUGCAAUAUGCUAUGUAUUUUAUUCUCAGCUCUUUUGAUGUUCUUUUGGUUGACAAGUCAGGGGAGUAUUUAGUAAUUCUAAUAAAAACGCUUAUGGAGGUGAAGGUUGAGAGUCUCCCUUUUACAUCCCCCAUGUUUGCAUGACACAUGCAGCUUGAUGCUUAACAGAUCACUAAAUAGGGAUGUACAGUAACCCUUUCUAAUAUGUCAAACAUAAUUACAACUCUGUGUUGUGAAUUCAGAGAAAUGUGCAAAGGAGAUAGAAAUGAAGAGACAAAACCCAAUCCACUCCAAAGAAUGCAUAAGAGAGAGCAUCUGCUGAUUGCAUUUUGGCCUUCAACUCUGUUCUAAAGAUAUGGAACAACAGCAAAGGUCUUUCAGUAUCAGUCCUAGCUGGCAUUUUGUAUCUGUAUUGUUAUUAGUAGAAUAUGUUUUAUACCAGCUGUGCUAGAUUACAAUCAUACAAUAGCCUACUUUGCACAUUGUGUGUGAUGGUGUAAUGCUUUGCAAUCAUACUGGAAAACCUACAUUAGACAGUUUUGCAGAAAUCUCCCAAACCAGCUCUGUCACUGCUGCUUGUGCUCCUGGCAAAACUGAUGGUGCAGGCCCACAUGAUCAGCCAGGUACUUGUGACAUGGUCAUGGAAAGAAGUUGCUCUGUGCAGAGCAGGAGAAAGUGAAGCGGU